AUGGCAGUGCUCUGCUGUGGUCUGGCAGUCUUUGCUCAUCGAGACUGCAGUCACAAGUUGGCCAGGGAAGAAGUCUUGGCAGCGGCCGCUGUGCCACAGGUGCAGCUCGCCAAGCGACAAGUGAUGUUGGACCACGUGCUGCUGGAGUGGGUGGCACCCGGCAUCAUCCAGGAGCGGCAGCUGAGGCCGGAUGCGAGCAUGGCCGAGAUCAAGGCCGAACUCAUGAAGGUGGCCGCCUCUGAGAUCGGCAUCGCCCUUUCCAAGGAGGGAUCGCCUGAGGUCAAGGAAGAUGUCCGGCCGUAUGGGACUUUGAAGAAUGCAUUGGCAACGCAUGCUGUGCAAGAUGUUCUUUUCAAUGUCGAGGAUGAAGAUGUCAUUUUGACAACUCACUGGCGGUAUGUGGUCGCUGAAUGGGAGUAUUUGCUGAAACUGGAGGCUCAAUUUGCAAAGCCUGCAGAGAUGUACCCUUUGAAGCAGCUGGGCUUCACCCGGUGGUACUGUUACCGCGAGCUGAUGACAUAUGCUGAAGAACGGAGAUUCCAGGACUGCUUCCGCAACUUGCGGUCCGGCGAAAAGAAGCAAUCCGGUCUGGCUUCGCCGGCCCAGCUCCAAGCUGUGAGCCUCAAAGCGCUGAACACCAGAUACUCUGACUAUGAGACCGUGCAAGCAGAUCCUGGCCAGAUCCAUGCCAUUCCUCCGAGCCAGACGAUCAAGUCCAGCAUCUUCGACCCCCGUCGAGCGACUGGACAGGACACUGGACUGCCCGGAUUUAAUGCAGUGGUCCGAGCAACAGUAACAUCUGCCCAUCAUCUGACCCGAAGAUCCUUGAAUCUUUGGUCCACAGUCUUGCGGCUGCAGAAUGACUUGCAGUCAACAUGGAUCGCGGAAUUGCGCCGCACGGGACAGGUGCUCGGCUGUGGAGAGCACCUGUGGCUCGUCGUCGAUGCCCCCUAUGUGCAUCUGAAAGUCUGGCCAUUGGUGCUGCAGGAUGUGGAGAUCCGUGGCGAGCGAGACGUCAACCCGUCGUCGGUGGCAGACUGUCGCAUCUUCGACUGUCAGCCGGUGUUCAACACAGCCGUGCCGGGGCUUUCAAGCAUCGUUCUCAAGAUGGGCGACUCCCGACCCCUGCUGAAUCAUGCCUUGGAGCAUUAUGCCAGCCGCUACCAAGCUAGCCUGAGUCAGUUUUCGCUGUGCAUGGGUUUGGGGCUGCUUCCGGGAGGCUUGAGUGCCAACGCUUUACGAACGCUUUGUGUCGACCAAGGGUGUCCUCUGGGCGGCAGUGCAAGCAAACGUGCUUGCUGCGAGAAGCUCCUGAUGACUUUGGGGUACGACGAGGAUGCCAGGGCAUCCAUUUCGGCAUCCUUCCGCAAGCAAUCUGUUGAGAACGACGACAACGAUGACCAGCCUGCAGAUUGUGAUUUCGAUGACGACGACAAAGUGCGGGGGCUCGACGCCUCCUGCGAAGCCGAGUUGUUGAACCGACUGCUCGCGAAGAUGGAAGCCACCGAAGUUGCUGAUGCUGCAACAAAGCCUGAGGCCGCAGAGCCUCGACCCAGAGCCGUAGCUUGGCCGGCUUCUGAGAGAGGCCUUGGUCAGGUCUCCGUGGUGGAUGAUCCGGUUCCAGAGGGCUGCAGAUUAUCUUUGCAUACUCCACAAUCUGGGAGUCCCAACAUCCAGGCUUUUCUUCCGUCCGGAGAGAAGUGGCAAGGCAAGGAGAGCUGCAGUCGUGCUUAUCGACCGUCUGGAGCUUUGAUGCAUCAAAGCAAUCGUGCGAGCCGAACUUUUGAAUCGGCGAAAGCUGAAGUCGUCGCUUGGCUUUGGAGCUGGCACGAUGCCAAAAACAAGGAAUCGGCAGAGCCGGCUUCGUCCUCGGAGCCUGCAUCUAAGCGGGCCAG